UGUAUCUUCAAUUUAAUAAAAAACUGAAUAUUCUGUUUCCUAUUAAAUUUAUUAGAUAAUGUUGAGAAAAAAUUCCUUUGAAACAUAUUUGAGAGUAAAGAGGUCCAGCAGAAUUUAUAGCCAAAUUGGUGUGAUAUCAAAGUUAAACUCCUGACACAUAGUAAGUGCUCAAUAAGGAAUUAAUAAUUCAUACUUGUUAUAAAUAAUAACAUUAUAAAUAUUCCCCAGUAUCUAAGAUACAUUCAAUGGGAUUCCAACUCCCUUCAUUUAUUCACCUACUCACUCACUCAGCAAAAUAUUUUUGUGGUGAUAGUUUUUAGUGAAGAAUGAAAUUAAUAUUCUCUAACACUAAAAACCACUUACUUACUUUCAAGAAUGCUGGCAAUAUUUAAAUGUUAUUUCACCACAAUUUGAGAAAACAGGCUGCUAGUUCAGGACAAAAAUAGGAACAUACAUUAAAACUGCCACUGGAAUGUGCAGCAUUCCAAUCACAAGCUAUAUACCCACAAAAACUGAAUGAGACUUAUCUAAAAUGAGAUAAACUUGAAUUCCUGGAUAAGUUUAUUAUACAUUGUUUUAAAAAAUUUGCAUUUGAGCAUACUUCCUACAAGUAUUCAAAUACAGAAUGAGCUAUAAAGAGUGUCAUACACAAAUUCUUACCAUUAAGCAAGCACUAAGGUAGGUAAACCUGCUUGGAGGAGUAGAUGGCAUAACUCUCCUCCUAUUCAAUGGUGCAGGCCUUCCUCUUCAUCCUGACAACUUGUCAUAAACAGCCUUGAUCCUGCCGUUCCAGGACAUGGCUGUCAUCAAGGACAGCUGCCAGCACUUUUGUAACUUAUCUUCAAAUGUGCAUCAUGCCAUUUGUUGUGUCAGGGAGAUGCCUUGGGUGUGUCAUAGGCCAUGAUUUCCUCAUUUCCACCAGCUUCCUGUUUCUCAACUCUCUAGUUUCUAACUGUCACUGCAGCCAUAUCUCAUUCUUCAGCCUGAUGCUAAAAGCAAAAGUUCAAUCAAGAGUCCUCAGAAGCAGGGGAAGUUCACCUUUCCAGGCAUUUCCAUGAUGUGGCUGUUUUUAACAACAACUUGUUUGAUUUGUGGAACUUUAAAUGCUGGUGCAUUUUUUGACUUGGAAAAUGAAGUCAAUCCUGAAGUAUGGAUGAAUACUAGUGAAAUCAUCACAUACAAUGGCUAUCCCAGUGAAGAGUAUGAAGUCAUCACCAAAGAUGGAUACAUACUCUGCAUCAACAGAAUUCCCUAUGGAAGAAGUCAGAACAGGAGCACAGGUCCCCGGCCAGUUGUGUACAUGCAGCAUGCCCUAUUUGCAGACAAUGCAUAUUGGCUUGAGAAUUAUGCCAACGGCAGCCUGGGAUUCCUUCUAGCAGAUGCAGGCUAUGAUGUAUGGAUGGGAAACAGUCGGGGGAACACUUGGUCAAGAAAACACAAGACACUCUCAGUGAAUGAAGAGGCGUUUUGGGCCUUUAGUUUUGAUGAAAUGGCCAAAUAUGAUCUCCCAGGAAUAGUAGACUUCAUUGUAAAUAAAACUGGUCAAGAGAAGCUGCAUUUCAUUGGACAUUCACUUGGCACUACAAUAGGAUUUGUAGCCUUUUCUACCAUGCCUGAACUGGCACAAAGAAUCAAAAUGAAUUUUGCCUUGGGUCCUGUGAUCUCAUUCAAAUAUCCCACAAGCGUUUUUACCAGUUUUUUUCUACUUCCAAAUUCCAUAAUCAAGGCUCUUUUUGGUACCAAAGGUUUCUUCUUAGAAUAUAAAAAUGGGAAAAUACCUUCUACCAAAAUCUGCAACAAUAAAAUACUAUGGAUGCUAUGUAGUGAAUUUAUGUCCUUAUGGGCUGGAGCCAAUACAAAAAAUAUGAAUAUGAGUCGAAUGGAUGUGUAUAUGUCACAUGCUCCCACUGGGUCAUCAAUACAGAACAUCCUGCAUAUAAAACAGCUUUACAGAUCUGAUGAAUUCAGAGCGUAUGACUGGGGAAGUGAAGCUGAGAAUAUGCACCACUACAAUCAGAGUCGCCCCCCACUUUAUGACUUGACUACCAUGAAUGUGCCUACUGCUAUUUGGGCUGGUGGGCACGACAUCCUUAUCACACCCCGGGAUGUGACCAGGAUACUCCCCCAAAUCAGGAAUCUCCGUUACUUCAAACUUUUCCCAGAUUGGAACCACUUUGAUUUCGUCUGGGGUCUCGAUGCCCCUCAGCGGAUGUACAGUAAAAUCAUAGCUUUGAUGAAGGAGUAUGACUAAAUGUAAUGUAUCUACUUUUCAAUUUCAAGUUACUUCCAAGUCCAUAAGUGGCUUUAGGAAAAAUACCAAUCAACAAUAGGGACGCCCCAGCAUUCUUGGUGCUACUGCUGAGAUAUUUCCUUAUUUCAGCAUCCCGACUAGGAAUUAUUUGAACUGUGCUGCUAAUUCUUUAAGAAAUGUCUAUAUCUGAAAUCUUAUAAUUUCAUC